AAGCAUAAAAUUCGACAGUUUCGACACCAAAUUGGCAACACUGGGAAGGACGGAUGAAUGGAUUGGUUGGACGAUUUCGAAUGACAGAUUAUUUAUAUUGAGAUUUGAUUGUUUUUCCUCACCGACAUCAUGCCCCACCUGAGAAAGACAAUUCUGCAAAUAUUUAAUAUGAGUGAAAACCACGAAAUGGAGAUUCACGAAUAUUAACCACCACUAUGGAGGGUCGUGGUGGAUUACGCUGCAGCGCUAGACUCAACGGUGAAGCGACUCGUUCCUCGACUGGUACAAAUGGAAACGGAGCCAGUAUCUCCGCGAACAAGAGGCCGCUGGCCGUAGCCGAGGCGGCGGCGGCGGCGGCGCUGCGCCGCGCCCGCGCCGCCGAACGCGCCCGCGAAGUGGAGGACAGCCCGCGCGUGCUGCGCGACAAGUGCCGCCGGCUGGCGCGCGCCCUGCGCAACGCUAAGCAUCUUGUCGUCUAUACGGGCGCGGGCAUCAGUACCGCUGCCGAUAUUCCUGACUACCGAGGGCCGCAUGGAGUAUGGACACGUCUCCAGCGGGGCGAGACCGUAGGGCGCGUGGAGGUGUCGCGGGCGCGGCCGACGUUCACGCACAUGGCGCUGACGGCGCUGUGGGCGCGCGGCACGCUCAAGUUCGUGGCGUCGCAGAACUGCGACGGGCUGCACGUGCGCGCCGGGCUGCCGCGGCGCGCGCUGGCCGAGCUGCACGGCGACAUGUUCGCCGAGCUGUGCGCCGCGUGCCGCCGCGUGUACCUGCGCGCGUUCGACACCACCGAGCGCACGGCGCGGCACGCGCACCACACGCGCCGCCUGUGCCACGCGUGCGGCGCCCAGCUGCGGGACUCCAUCGUGCACUUCGGCGAGCGCGGCCGCGCCGCCUGGCCGCUCAACUGGGCCGGCGCCCUGCGGCACGCCGCGCGCGCCGACGUCGUGCUGUGCCUCGGCUCCAGCCUCAAGGUGCUGCGCCGCUACCCGCGGCUGUGGCGCAUGCACGCCGCGCCGCGCCACCGCCCCGCGCUCUACAUCGUCAACCUGCAGUGGACGCCCAAGGACUCGGUGGCCGCGCUCAAGAUCAACGCGCGCUGCGACGCCGUCAUGCGCCAGGUGGCGCGGCGGCUGCGCCUGCGCGUGCCGCGCUACCGCGCCGCGCGGGACCCGCUGCUGGCGCACGCCGAGCCGCUGGCGGCGGCCGAGGCGCAUACCACGCGCCGCCCGCUGCUGCUGGCGCCCGCGCCCGCCGCCUCCGACCUGUCCGACGCCUCCGACCUCUCCUCGCCCUCCGCCUCCGACUCGGACGAGGAGCUGCCCCUGCGCCGCCUCGCCGACCGCCUCCGGGGCCGCCCGCCGCCGCCGGAUUUGCUUCACGCCUUCCAGGUGAAUAUGCGCUCCGGGGAAGCGACCAUACUUUUACGCGCAGAGCACGCGCCCGCGAUGCAGCCCGGCUCCGGCUCGACUCCGGCGCCGACCGAGCGGCGACCGGUCAGCGUCCUGAGGCAAUUCAGGAUGUCGCGCCACCCACCCGACGGUGCGGAGGAACGGGCCCACCUCCGGCUCGAUGCGAGCGCGAACGGGCACGCGCCCGACGCCGGCGUCGACGGCCGCGACGAGCCCGGCACCGCCUCGCCGCUAGUGAUAAAACCGAAAAAGGAGGAGGACGAGGGCGGCGGCGACAUCGGCCCCUGGAACCUCGGCUCGGAGCUGAGGCGCCUGCUCGCCGCCGACCGGAACGGGCUGCCGGUCAAGAGCGAGCCCGGGGCCGAGCCCAAGCGCGAGCCGAAGGCGGAGCGCGACUGCGAGGACGAGUCGGCGGCGGCGGUGGCGGCCGCCAUCAUCGCGCGCGCCGUGCUGGUGUGCCGCGCGUCGCUGUACCCCGGCCUGCACACGAUCCUGGCGCCGGCCGCGCCGCCGCCGCCGCCGGCCGAGUGCGCGUGGUGCUGGGCGCGCUACCAGGCGCGGCGCUGCCUGUGGUACGGGCCGCCGCGCGCGCCGCCGCCCGAGCGCCGCGCCUGGCGCCGCGUGCGCGGCCGCCGCUACCUGUGCGCCUGCUGCGGCGGCGACGGCCAGUCGCCGCCGCGCCCCGCCGCCGCCGCCGCCGACGCCGAGCCCGUGGACGACGGCGGCUGGUACGGCAAGGGUUACCGCAAGGGCCGCCGCCGCCGCCGGUAGCGCUCGCCGGCCGGCCGCGGCCCGGGCGCCGCCGCCGCUCCGCCGCCGCCGCCGCCGCCGCCGCCGCCCGCGUGACCGCCGCCGGGCGUCCCACUCGUUUGUGUGAUGGAAUGUUAUCGUUCAAACAUUUUGUGUGUACUGUUG